GCGGCGUUUUUAAAACUCUGUGUCGGUUUGUUUUUCUUCGAGGGCGGAUGGUUAGCAUCGAGCUAACAACAACAACAACAACAACAACAACAACAACAUAAAACUAAAUUAUAAUAUUCGAGUUUAUUUUAAAAUCAGUGCGUUUUAAAGGUAAAGUGUGUGUGUGUGGAGAGCGGAGCAUCAUGGAUAUCCACUACUACCUCCAGCGCUUCGAGUCCACGAUGAGGAGCAUCACUGUAGAAGAUCCACUGGAGGCUUGGGACAAGUUUGUGGUGUUUCUGGAUGGCAUGCUGCCUCCUGUGGAGAAGGAGAACAUGACUGUGGUGAUGGAGAGGCUGGUGCAGACCUUCAUGCAGGACCAACGCUACCACCACGAUCCCCGCUUUAUCAACCACUGCAUCAGAUAUGCCAGUCAUCACCCUGACCCAGAGAGUGUGUACACUCAGGUGCACAGUGUUGGUGUGGGGACUCGUGCAGCUUCUCUGUACAUCAGCUGGGCUCAGCAGUGUGAGAGGAGGAACCUGUACACCCAGGCAGAGCAGAUCUACCACAAAGCACUGGAGAACCAAGCAGAACCUCUCAACACUCUGCAGCACCACUACACGUUGUGUAAGAGCAGGACAGGACGUUCUCACACCACUGCCACAGUGAGUGCUCCUCUGCACGAUUCUCAGCUGGUGAAUCAGCAGCUGCGUCGUAGAGACAGAGUGCAGCCUCAGUGUACAGAUGUGGUCUCCUCCCAGUGUCCUGCAGUCAGAACUGUGCGUAUAAUCUCUCGCUCGGAGAACAAUCCUCCCACACGCACCAGUGUGACCGAGUGUGUGUCCAUGUACUGUGUGUCUGAGCUGGUGUGUGAAGGAUCUGAGCUGAGCUUCGAGGAGCUCCGUGCACAGAGAUACUUCACCAAACUCAAACAGCAGGAGCUGCAAAGACAACAGCAGGAGAUGAUGAGGAGAUAUCAGGAGGAGGAAGAGGAGGUGGUGAGAAUGAAGAAGCUGUUGGAGGAGCUGAACAGCAAACUGACAGAUGAGCCACAGCUUCAACAGGUCCCUGCAGGACCACACUCUCUCCAGAACACAGAAGAAACCCCAUUUCCAGGAGAUCCGUCUGAAACAGUCAGUGCUGCGUGUGUGUGUGAGCCAGUCCUGACACACCACCCCGACACGUCACUCUCUCAGAGACUACAACACACACUCUCACUCAGCUUACACACACACACACACAGCCUCACACAACCUGGGAAGCCCACAGCACAGAGUGUGUGUGAGUGUCGAGAGGAACCUCAUGCAGAGGCAGACAGUCACGCUCAACACCACGACACACUCGAGCGUAGUAGUGAUGUCCUGGUUUCUGAAGAACCUGAGGGAGAUGUGAACUCAGAGGGGUCUCACAGAAGCUUCAGUCAUCACUCUCACGUCACCCCCAACACGUCUCUGGGUCUGAUCUCGGCAACUCCUUCACGUGCACUUCCUUCCCCCACCGUCAACACCAGAGAGGCCCUGGAUCUGAUAGGGAACAUGUUCCAGGGGCCGACUCUGCUCCAGGACACGCUGUUCAACACCACACACAACACUGCUGCUGAAGAGGACAGCUUCGAACGCAACUGCAGACUCACCGGUGUUGCUCCAUCGUCAGCUCCGUUCAGAAUUUAUCAGGAAGAGAAUCAUGAGAACGGAGGUGUUGAUAGUCAGGUGGUGGUGAAGCCCAAACCCGUAGCCCAUCGUGGUCUGAUUGAGAUCCCUUUGUCCAAGGAUAAUGUUACUCCACAGGGGGCGGAGUCUCUCACUGAUGACAGCACAAUGUGGGGUUCUGGCCACGCCCCCAUGACCUCCUUCCCCAAUCGCACACAAGAUUUUGCUCUCUCCGCCCACUUAGUGUCCACACCACUCCACCCCCUUCCCCCUUACUGCAGAGACACACAGUACAGUCACGUAGAAGCUGGAGUGGAGGAGAACCCGUACCUGCGCCAGCCUGCAAAACUGAGUCCAAUUCUGGAGCAGAGUCCUCUCGAGGAGAAGGAGAAGCAGUGUGCUGCUGAGGAAUCUACUCUGAGAGUUCAGGGAUCUAUCAUGGGCACGUGUGAGAGUGUGCAGGAACACGUCCACUCUCUGGUCCAUUUCAGUCAGAGCAGCAGCAGCAUUAGCGUUAGCAGGCCGGCGUUAGCAUCGUUCAGUGUGUUGGCUCCUCUCAAGUUCCCUGAUCAGAGUAUCACAACCAGCCAGGAGCUCCGAGCCACGACCAAACCCAGCUGGAGCGUCUACCAGAGUCCGUCCACCAACAUCAAAUCCGAUGGAGAUCUGACCUCAAAGGAACAUCUCAACUCCAACAUCCUGAACAAACCAGACCAGCUCACCUCUAGCAGCUUCACCUCACACACUCAAAACCUUAACCAAGACCUUCUAGCAGACCCACAAGUCUCUCACACAGAGCUCGACUCCAGCAGGCUCCACCUAUUUGGAGAACGCAGACCUGAGAAACCGAACUCCAGGAGCCUGAGCGCCUUCAUGGAGUUAAACCCAGAUAAGGAUCACCCAAACCAUUCACAGCAAUCAGACCUAGAAGAAGCUGAUGUUCUCCUGCCUGAAGUGUCCUUCAACAUGCACAGAUCUGAAAGUCUGCUGCUGGAGAACCCUCAGGUCUAUCAGAGGAAAUCAUUCAUGGUUCUACGAAGCCCAGAUCCGGUGUCGAGAGCGGGUCAGGACGUCCCCAUGAGUCCAGAACCAGCUCCAGGGUUCGGCUGGCUUCAGGUGGAGAGUCCGGUCCAGAUCUCUGAAUCUGACCUGGAUGUGAAGCUGGAGUCGUCACAUCAGACCUCCAGACCUGGCUUGAACUUCCACUCGGAGCAGCACUCGUCUUCGCUUCUGGAACGUUCCGGAAUUCUGCUCCCUAAAAGAUCUUUUGGCAGACGCAAGUCUGAGAAAAAGCUCUUCUCCAGUUUCAAGACCUCCCAGGAGUGGAGAAGCUCUGACCCAGUCCAGGACGUUCUCAUGAGUCCAGCUGCAGAACCAGGACUAAACUGGAUCAGCUCGGAGAGUCCUGUACAGGAGAUGGAGGAAGAUCUGGACGUCAUGGUGACUCCACAGCUGAACAGGAAAGCAUCUGCAAGACUGAAUGUGCUGGAAGUGUCCCUCAAACUGGGCUGUGGUGAUGUUCCCAUGAGUCCUGCCUCACCCACUUCCUCACCCACUUCCUCAGUGUUGGUCUCUGAUCCGUGGGAUGAUGAGGUGAUCGCGUCUCUUCUCGCUGGUCUCCAUCCUUCCCUGAACUCAUACCCCAACCUGAGCACCUGGUCAUGCUGUGUUCCUCCAAUCGCCCCCAAACUCACAGUGCAGAUGGGUGAUAAGUGUUUGCGUGUGGAUGGUGUGGUGGGUCAGGGAGCUUUUGCCACUGUCUAUCAGGCCACAGAGCUGGACACGUCCCACAAACUCAUCCUGAAGGUACAGAAGCCCUCGAGUCCGUGGGAGUUCUACAUGAACACUCAGCUGGACUGGCGUGUGGAACCUCACGCACGCCACCUGUACCAUCAGCUCCACGCCGCUCACCUGUACAGCAACGGCAGCGUUCUCCUCGGAGAGCUGCACACCUGCGGCACACUGCUGAACGUGGUGAACCUGUAUAAGAGCCGCAGUGAGAAGGUGAUUCCUCAGCCCCUGGUGAUGUACUUCACCAUGUGUAUCCUGGACAUGGUGGAGAGACUCCACACCUCGCACAUCAUCCACGCUGACAUCAAACCCGACAACUUCCUGCUGGGAGAGAGGUUCCUCCAGAACAAGAACCUGAGUGAGGAGAACAUGGAUCAUGGUCUGGUUCUGAUUGAUUUUGGACAGAGUAUAGACGUGACUCUGUUCCCUGCUGGAGUUCAGUUCACUGCUCACUGCAUGACCUCCGGCUUCCAGUGCACUGAGAUGCUCAGCGGCAGACCCUGGACUUACCAGACGGAUUACUUCGGGAUCGCCGGCACGGUCUACUGCAUGUUGUUUGGUUCCUACAUGAAGGUGAGGAAUGAUGGAGGUGUGUGGAGCAGCGGUGGAGUGUUUAAGAGGAAACCUCACAGUGAUCUCUGGCAGGAGCUUUUCCACGUGUUGUUGAACAUUCCUGAUCGCACGUCCUUGCCACGUUUGCGUGUCCUACGUGAUCGUGUGAGCGCCGCCCUGCUGGAGCACUACGCCACCAAACUGCUCGGCCUGAAGAACCAGCUCGUCGUGCAGAUCCUCGAGUCCAGAAGCUCCCGCAGAUAGUCUUCUUGUGUUCCUCACACGUUCCUGACUGCACUUCUUCUCCAUAUCCAUCACCGCCUUUUAAUUUACUUUCCUUUUUCUGCAGAAUUUGUACAAAAAAGAAAACUCAAUAAAAAUAUAGUUUAAAGUC